AUGGCCUUGGAAGCCAGUUCUGCUACCAAUGAGAGUUUUUGCUCUGAAAAGCCUGUUUGUGUAAUCUGGGGAUGUCAACUCAACAGGGAGAAUCCAGUCUAUACAUUUGAUACUCCAGAAGAGUGGUCCUGUGAGCAGCAGUUAGCUCUAAGAACAAUCUGCCUUGGGGAAAAUGCCAAGGAUGAAUUCCAUGUUGUAGAGAUCUUGCCGCCAAAGAGUAGCACCAAUUCUACUCCAGUGCGUAUUGCAACCUUGAAACUUUCUAUACUUCCAAUGGCUACUCUAGCAGGGCUUGAUUUGACUCCUCCCAUCACAUUUAGGCUAAAAUCAGGAUCUGGACCUGUGUACCUUGCUGGACAACAUGUAACAGUUGGCUUGCAGUGGAAUGGAGAUGAGGAUCAGGGGAGAGAGUCUUCUUCUUCAUCAUCACAGCAAAGUGAUGACUCAGAAACCUCUUCCACGGAAGAAUCGCCUGUAAAACCUGUGAAACGUCCAUCCAGCAAGCAUGUGCCUUCAACCAAGAAGGGACAAGAGCCACCUGUUCAGGAACCAACUCUGGUAAAGCUAGGAAGAAACAAUUAG